CAAACUGAUAGGGAGCAGUUUGGGAUAGGGAAAAUAUGGAUCUCCCUGAGAUCAAGGAAAACACCUUAUCAGAUGCUUGGGAUUACAAGGGCCGCCUUGCCGAGAGAUCCAAAACGGGCGGCUGGACAAGUGCAGCCAUGAUCCUAGGUGUUGAGAUGUGCGAGAGGCUAACGACGCUAGGCAUAGGCGUGAAUUUGGUCACUUACCUGACGAACACUAUGCAUUUGGGCAACGCCACCGCUGCCAACACCGUUACCAACUUCUUGGGCACCUCCUUCAUUCUUUGCCUGUUCGGCGGCUUCAUCGCCGAUACCUUUCUCGGCAGGUACCUCACCAUAAGCAUCUUCGCCGCAGUUCAAGCCACAGGAGUGACGGUAUUGACGAUAUCCACCGUGAUCCCUAGCUUGCGACCACCGAGUUGCACCGCCGGUGAUUCCUGCGUCCAGGCAAGAGGUUUACAACUGUCGGUGUUAUACCUCGCGUUGUAUCUCACCGCACUCGGUACAGGCGGUGUGAAAUCAAGUGUAUCUGGAUUCGGGUCAGACCAAUUCGAUGACUUAGACCCGAAAGAGAGAACCCAGAUGACUAAGUUCUUUAACUGGUUCUUCUUCUUCAUAAGCAUCGGAUCAUUGGCAGCAGUGACAAUCUUGGUUUAUAUUCAAGACAACCUGGGUAGGUAUUGGGGUUACGGCAUCUGCGCCGCUGCAAUCCUGAUCGGGCUCUCGGUUUUCUUAUCGGGCACGAGACGGUACCGAUUCAAGAACCUGAUGGGAAGCCCACUCACUCAUAUCGCAACGGUGUUUGUUGCUGCUUGGAGGAAGAGAGAAAUGGAAUUACCGUCCGAUCCAUCGCUCCUGUACGAGAUUCACGAUAGUGACAACAAUGAAGAGAUAAAGAAAUGGAAGAAACAGAGACUUCCUCGCACUAAACAGUUCAAUUUUCUAGACAAGGCGGCGAUCAAAGAAGCCGACGCGGACCAAGGUUGGGGUGUGGUAAACAAAUGGCGGUUACAGACGGUAACGGACGUGGAGGAAGUGAAGAUGGUGAUACGAAUGGUACCAAUAUGGGCCACCACCAUAAUGUUCUGGACGGUGUACGCUCAGAUGUCGACGUUCUCCGUAUCACAGGCCACCACUAUGGACCGACAUAUCGGCAGUUCAUUCCAAAUCCCACCUGCCUCUCUUACGGUUUUCUUCGUGGGCAGUAUACUUCUCACCGUCCCUGUCUACGACCGUUUCAUCGUGCCUCUCACCCGCCGCAUAUCUCAAAACCCACAAGGCCUCACCCCGUUGCAACGCAUCGCUGUGGGCCUCGUGUUUUCUAUGCUCGCUAUGGUAGCCGCGGCGCUGUCCGAGUUGAAGCGGUUGACAGUGGCGAGAUCGCACGGCUUGACGGAUGAUCCGAAGGCCGUAAUACCUCUGAGUGUGUUCUGGUUGGUCCCACAGUUCUUCUUUGUGGGGGCAGGGGAGGCUUUCACUUACAUUGGGCAGCUUGAUUUCUUUCUAAGGGAGUGCCCGAAAGGAAUGAAGACCAUGAGCACGGGCAUGUUCUUGACCACGCUCUCGCUUGGGUUCUUCUUGAGUUCAUUACUAGUCUCUAUAGUACACAAGGUGACCGGCAACGGGAAUCCGUGGUUACCCGAUAACUUGAACCAAGGGAGGCUCUACAAUUUUUACUGGCUGUUGGCGGUUUUGAGUGGGGUGAAUCUGGGUUUUUAUCUGAUGGCUAGUACAUGGUACGUGUACAAGGAGCGUAGGUUUACGGAGGAGGAGAUUGUAUUAGAGAAAACUGAGGGCGCUUGUCAUGCUUGAGCCGUUAAUCC